AGGUUGAAAAAAAAACACCUAAAAAAAGAAAGAAAAAUGGGAGACCUAAAGUCCUAAUUAUUCCCCCCUCAUACAAUCUGACAAAAAAUCCAAACAGCCCCCCUAGAAUUCUGUCUCUUGGGCUCUCCCACUGGCACCCACAGACACACAAAUCCCACAAAAAAGAAAGAAAGAAAGAAAGAAAGAAAGAAAGAAAGAAAGAGAAUUUUCUUAAAAUUAAUAAAACUCAUCAAAAUCUUAUUCUUCAUCUUCUUCACAAAAAAAAGUUUGCUUCUUUCUUUUUUUUCCCGAGUUUAAGCAUAUAAUUGUACUAUUAUUGUUAUUAUAAUAAUAAUUAUUAUAUAGUAGUAUUCUUCAUCAUAAAUCACACUGCAUUAGAUUAUUAGUUAGUAUAAGUAUACAAGUACAACCCAAUACAAAUUCAAUAGUUAUAUUAAUAUAUACUUCUACAAAUUAAUUAAAUAAAAACCCAAUUAUGUCAAAAUUUCUAUAGCAAAAUUUUCCUGCAAAAGCAAACAAAGAAGACCCAUUAGAAGCGAAGAAAGGAGGUCUCUCAUAAAAAGUUUUGAUUUUUAUCAUGUUUUAAGAACAACUUCAAAGUCAGAUCUACAGAUCUGUUUAUUGUUGUUUUUGCAGAAGUAUUGGGUAUUGUUAAUAAAGUGAGAAAGUAAGGAUUUUUAAUUUUUUUGGGUUGUUUUGAUUUGGUUUGUUAAUUGUGUAAAUAGAGUGUUUUUAGGAUGGAUUUGGAUGAUUUCAGAAUGAUUUUGGGGAAUUCUGGGGUGGAUAUAUGGGGGUUAAUAGAAACUGCAAUAAAAGUAGCAUCAUUGGAAUAUAGGGAUGAACUUAAAGUUAGGAGAGAUGGUAUUGUUGAGAAAUUAUACACAAAUUGUCAUAACUAUGAAAGACCACCUUCUAAUGGGUUUGCCACAAAUGCUGUGGUUGAUGCUGUUUUUGGGACUGAGAAUGAGAUUGUGCCCAAUAAAUCUGUUUCGCCUUCGACUCCGGUUUCGAUCGGUGGUGGCGAUGAUGAGGAGGAGGAGGGGCAGGAACAGGAGCAGAAUAGAAGGUUUGUUGAGAAUCUGGAUGAGGAAGAUGAAGAUGAUGAGCUCAGAAGAGUUUUAUCUAUUAAAGAACAGAUUGAAGAUCCUCAUCAGUCUGAGGAUUCAGUGGUUGAUUUGCUUCAAAGUUUAGCUGAUAUGGAUAUCACAUUCAAAGCUCUUAAGGAAACUGAUAUUGGAAGGCAUGUGAACCAUUUGAGGAAACACCCGUCUGGCGAUGUUCGGAGAUUAGUCAAGCUGCUUGUCAGAAAAUGGAAGGAUUUGGUUGAUGAAUGGGUUAGGUCAAACACACCUGGUGAAGUCCAAUCUUCUAGUAAUCUUAUUGCUGAUGGAGACUCGCCGUUGCAAACUGUUUCAAGGAAUCACCAAAACGGUAAUCACAAUCAGGUUCCUGAUUUUGCUUACUCUCCAAAUCCACACAAUGGAAGUUCGGGAUCCGAUAAGAACAAUUCGGAGUUGGAACCUAAGCGAAAAGCUCCUCUCCCCCCUCCCCGGAGAGACCCUCCGGCUAAGCCCAUGAAGAGUGCUUCUCCAGCAUCAGCUCCUCCACCCAAUAGGCAAAAACAGGUGCAAGCGGACGCAGACAGGCUGGCUUCUGCUAGGAAACGGCUUCAGGAGAACUACCAAGAAGCUCAAAAUGCCAAAAAGCAAAGAACAAUCCAAGUGAUGGACAUCCACGAGAUACCAAAACCCAGGAAUGCCUUCUUUGGAAGAAACAAAGGUGGCUUUCAGAGGCACUAGUAUAUGUUGUCUUAUCGAGUUUAAGAUAUAGAGAAACAGACAUUCCUAUACGUGAGGCUUUUCCGGAACCAAAUAGGAUGAAAACCCAAGAAGAAAAACGAGGUGGAAAGUAAUGGUUUCUCUUUGUCUCGUGACAUUUCGAGUAUGAAUUUUUCUGGAACAAUGUUCCCCCGUUUUGAUGGUUUCCCCCCAUCGAUUAUUCUUAGUAAUUUGUUGAAGCAACUCUACAAUAAUUGUGGACUGACUUGAGUAUAAGGGGGGUUCCCCAAGUGGUGAUUUUACUAAUUUUGUACAAAGCUUUAAAACUUCUUUGUUUUUGUAGGAUUUUCUUAGGGAGAUUGUACCCUACAUGUAAAAAAUGGAGGUGGUUUUUUUGCACUCAUCAACUAUAAGAGAUGAUUAAGAUCUUUUGUUA